AUGGACGCCCAGUUCCAGCUCCACCGCGUCCAGCCCAACGCCCGGCACCAGUUCCCCAACCAGCGCCACCGCGUCCAGCUCCACUGCGUCCAGCUCAAAGACCGGCGCCAGUUCCUCAACCGGGCUCCCGCUCCAGCUCCGGCUCCGACCGCGGAAGCGUGGCGAACUCCAGUGGCCGUCACUCCGAUGCGAGAGGCAACUCGGUACAUGUAUCGUGGCGUUCCUCGAACUGUGGAUGGGGUUACCGCGGUGUUGCAAAGUCUCGUCCGACAAUUCCCGGCCAACCAUCCGCACAAGAUCAACCCGCGUGGUGAUAUUGAAACUUUUUCCGGCGAGAUGAGUUCGAUGUUCAACACACUGAAUGGGUUUGCCCGCAAUUUCCGCCAAAAUUCCAGCCCCGAAUCGAUCCGAGCGUUUGUUCAAGAAUGGUUUGCUGACAUUGAGCGCCAAAUCCUCAAUUCGUCCCACUGCGCCCCGAUCGUGCGUCCGGCACUCUAA